AUGAAGCCAACGUUUAGACUGCUUCAGCAUGCAUGUCGUAUUACUCUCUUCACGAGACCCAAUUGCUCUCUCUGCGACGAUGCAAAGUCAGUCCUGUCGCGUCUCUGGGACAAGAGACCAUUCGAGUAUCAAGAGAUUGAGAUCUUGAAGCCGGGAGCAGAGAAAUGGAAGGCCGUGUACGAGUUUGACACGCCGGUGAUGCACAUCAUGAAGGCAGAGGGGACUGUUGCGGAAACGCCUGUGAACGCUGCACAGAAGCUUAUGCACCGCUUCAAGGAAGCUGAAGUCGAAAAGGUCAUGGAUGUUGUGGAAGCUCAGUAG